AAGUCUUGGAUCGAACGCACAUUUUCGAAGUUCGAACGGCCAGCCAGUAGGGCCGUGUCUUGCAGCGACCGUAAAUUGAUUCAAUUAAUUCACUCUCGUUUACUCUCUUGCUCAGUGCAGACGUUCAGUUGCGCCUUCGCCUUUCCAGCCCGGGCUUAAUUCGUGCGGUACGCUUCAAGCCAUUCGGUCCCGUUGCUGUGUUUCUGUUUCACUUGAAAAGUGAUAUUUCGGGGUGUUGUCGAUGCGGAGGGAAAAGAAAGCUUGAGUGCGCGCUUGUUAACCAACCACCUGCAUGAGUUUCAAGUGAUUUCCAGUCGAGUCCUUAUCAGUGUUCAAAUUUCGAGCGAUUGCCAUCGAUGAGGAUUGCGAUUGCGCCUCGGAUUGACGACAAAUGACACAUUUCGAUAGUGCUUUGUAGUGGUGGGAGGUGAUGGACAUUUAUUCACGAGGCGGUUUGUGUGGUGAUAUCCUUACUAAGUAGAACAUCAGCAAAAACGCCCUAACCCAUCGCUUUGUUUACUACAUCGAUAUCAAUUACUCCACUUCACCUUUGACCGGGUGAACGUCGCAAGCGCAAACGGCGAUCAUUCGCGUCUUAGUCAACACCGUAGCGGGAUGCUGCGCGCACUCGGCUCCAGUGAGAGCGUUUCGCUGUAGCACCAUCACGAGUAAGAAGCCACCAUUCUCGAUCCCUUUGCCAAUAUGGAGAACAACACUGCGAUCCAAAUUGACGUCCAGAAGGAAGAUUUGAAGCGGACUACUUGUUUGAGCUUCCGAAAGAUUUCCUACGUCGUCAAAGACAACGAUGGGAAGGACAAACAUCUGCUGCGUGAAGUAGGAGGCUGUUUCCAGUCUGGGCGAUUGACUGGGAUUCUUGGACCGUCUGGUGCGGGAAAAUCUACUUUGCUGAACAUUCUUAGCGGUUUCAAAAUUAAAAACGUGUCUGGGGAAAUCCUAGUCAACGGAAGCAUCAUCAACCAGGACAAAUACCGCCGUGAAGUGACGUACACCUCACAGGACGUCAGCAUGUUGGGAAACCUAACGCUACGAGAGAGCUUGGAGUUCGCUGCAGAGCUCAAACUGCCGAAAUCCGUAUCCAGUGUCGUCAAGUCUAAAACCGUUAACGACACCAUCAAACUGCUGGGACUGCAAAAAUGUGCCAACAAUCCGGUCCACGCCAUUUCCGGCGGUGAGAAGAAACGGCUCUCCAUAGGGUUGGAGUUGAUCUCGAACCCGAAGAUUAUGUUCUUCGACGAGCCGACCAGCGGGCUGGACAUCAUCGCUGCCAUGCAGGUGAUCGCCCACCUGAAGGAUCUGGCCCUGAGCGGGCGCUGUGUGGUUUGCGUGAUUCAUCAACCGAGUUCCAGUAUUCUGCAGAUGUUCGACGAUUUGAUGGUCCUGUCGGAGGGGUGUUGCAUUUAUAAGGGCCCGCUGAACGGGCUUGUGUCAACACUGAAGGAGAGCGGGUUCGAAUGCCCGAAUUACUACAACCGGGCGGAUUAUGCAUUGGAAGUGGCGAGUAUGAAGCAUGACGGGACCUUGGUGAAGUUGAUUGAAAAGUGCAAGGAAGAGUAUUCGUUGGUGGGGAAGAACGUGAAUGAGUGUGUUAGCACGAGUGAAAAAGAUUCGAUGUUGGUUGGAAGUGAUUGUGGGAGUUCCGACAGUUCGGAAAGUGCGUACAGGCAGUAUCCGAUUUCGCAGUGGGACCAGUUUAUUUUACUCACCAAGAGGACAACAUUGUGCACGUUCAGAGAUAUGCAGUUGAUGAAGAUGCGAAUUUUGGUACACCUGCUGGUUGGGUUGCUGAUUGGAUUGGUUUUCUGGAAAGUGGGAAACGAUGGUUCCAAGGUGCUAAGCAAUGCGUCAUGCCUGUUUUUCUUCUUAAUAUUUUUGUACUUCGCCAACUCCAUGCCACUGGUAAUGACAUUUCCAUUAGAGACAUCAGUAUUCAUAAGAGAACGAAUGAACAAUUGGUACUCGUUAACUGCCUAUUUCUUCUCGAAGCUUGUUGCGGACUUCCCUUUUUUGAUUCUGGGACCAACCCUAUUCCUGCUAAGUGCCUACUACAUGACAUCACAACCGAUGGAGUCUGAACGCUUGGUAAUGCUGUGGGGUAUCUGCAUCCUUCUUUCGUGGAUUGCUCAACUAACUGGACUGCUCGCCGGAAGCUCGCUGACCUUGGAGCUCAGCGUGUUCUGCGUACCCUGCUCGGUCAUACCGAUGCUAAUCUUUUGCGGUUUCUUCGUGCGGUUUCGGGAGAUGUUCAGCUUUCUGGUGCCGUUCACGUACGCGGGCUACUUCCGGUACGCGUUCGAGGGUGCCAUGCAAGCCAUCUACGGCUUCGGGAGGGAAAACAUUCCGUGUGAGAAGUUUUGCUAUUUUAGCAAGGUGAGCAAGUUUUUGGAGAGUUUCGACAUGGAGGAAAACAGUUUCACGAUGGACGUAUACGGACUGCUGGCGUGGAUUGUUGUACUGCAUGUUGCUCUGUUCGCCAGUUUGGCCUUUAGACUGAAACGGAAUCGGUGAAGUGCAGAUAACGCUCUCAGGUUAUUUUUAAGAUUGAUACAGAUUUUUGUUCAAUAAAGGA